CUCCUGUAUGAAAGCUGUGCAUGUGUUGAAGCCACUCAAGACUGCAGUGCUAUAAAUAGUGCUCUAUUGUUAGUGGAGAAAAGAUGAAAUAGGUCUCACAGCACUGGAACACUGGACACUGUAUUAAAUGUUAAGCUCUGCCUGUUCUAAAAGUGAAAGGCUACAUCAACGGAUAGACUGGUCUGUGGGUAAGACACGCAGCUGGGAAGAGCUCAGUCUGACUCUGCAGCUUCCCGACACAGCAGGAGCAGCAGCUGAUCCUUCUGCCUCAGCAAUGGCAGAAGCUGUCAUAAGACACUGGGUGGAAACUCCUGUACGCUACCAGGAGCAGUUUGCUGACCAAGAGCUGGAAGCACACAAACUGAACCACCUUUUAUAUGCUUUGCCGGGGCCUGCUACCACUGCACUGAAUGACCAAAGGUGUGCCAGAGAAAGCAUGGCUGGGACUGGGGAGAGCAGCCAAGAGGAGGAAAACACACAUUUUCGGGUCUUGCUGGACGUUGUGCAGUUCCGCCCUGAAGAUAUCAUUAUCCAGACUUUCGAAGGCUGGCUCCUGAUUAAAGCUCAGCACGGACCCAGGAUGGAUGAACAUGGUUUCAUAUCCAGAAGUUUCAUCAGACAAUACAAAUUACCUGAUGGAGUGGAGAACAAAGACUUGUCUGCACUUUUCUGCCACGAUGGCAUUUUGGUUGUUGAAAUGAAGAACUCAGUGGAAAAGAAUUAGAACCAUGUCUGUAGUUAUCGGUGAGAUAAAAUCAUUCUUACUGUAACAAAAUAAUAUCAGUCAUGCAAUGCUGUAGAAAGCAUGUAGCAGAAUUUAUUAAAGCACAGGAAAUUCUUUGUAUAUAUUCUUCUGUAUGCUGAGUUUACUGUUUGAUGUGAAAUGUUAUACUGCUUGCCUCUAGCUACACAUAGGUUGAAAACCCAGGCUGUUUGAACAGUAGCAAACUUGGGCUAGUCUCUCCAGGAGGAAAAAAAAAAUCUAUUUGAUAACAUAUUGAAAAUAGAGCACAGUUUUGAGUUAAGUAACAAGAAUUGUACUUCUAAGGAAUAAGCAUUUGUCAUACAUAGUCAUAAACACUGAAGAGGGAACAGACAAGCUGUGAAUAUUAUUGAAAUUUAUGUAUCAAAAAAAAUCAGUUUUCUAAUUUUUGAGAUUAAAUUCUUCUCUCUGGAAAAGCACACAAAGUGAAAGACACUAUCAAGAGAAAAAUCCCUAUUUCCGUAGUUAAAGGUUCUAUAACAAAAAAAUCUCAAGAAGUUACAUUUUAGAAGUGUGUUGCAUGUUUUAAACUAUAAGAAAAAAUAAUUCAUUUCCUUGAUUUUAUUUUCUUGUAAACACAACAGAUAGAAAUUAUACUUCUGUCAAACUAAUUUGAAAGAAAACCUUUCAAGACAUUUUAGAAAAUUGGUUUUGUUUAAUGUAACAACUGAAGAAAAAAUUUUUGCUUACAAAAGCACCAAAUUCUUCUUUGUGAAACCUCAGCAAUAAAAAUGCAUUGCCCUUACACAAAUGUCUUUUUUCUUAAACAUUUUAGGUAGUCUUGUUAUUUAAUCAGAUGAAUAUUUAAUUGUCCAUGUUGCUUGACAAUUUAGGCUGAAAUCCCACAACUCUGUCUUCAAGAGCCAAAUUUUUCUGCCAAUGGUAAUUCCCCUCUCCCCAUAGGAACACAGGCUCUACAUAAAUCUAAUUUUAAAUACAGGGGUUCCUCACUGCAGACACAGCUUUAGUUUCUGUUCCAGUGUCUCACAU